AUGAUCGAGCCGCCGUUAGGUCCCGAGGCAGGCCCCUCUCAGUCUCCCUCACCCUCAACGUCGAAUUUGAAGAAGACAUUCCCUUCAAGUGAAUUCAGGAGGAGAAGUCAUGAGAUGCUGGCAGCCCCGAAAAAGGAAUACGAAAAAAAGCUGAAGAAAGCAAAUACCUACGAGGCAAGUUCUCUUGACUUUGAAGAGCCAGAUAAUGAUCUUCUCCGACAACACUAUGCCAAACAGACAUCCAAGGACAACAUCACACAUGAUCUUAUGGGUUAUGUCGUGGUCUUGGUCAUUGCAAUUCUCACUGCCUCUGUUCGUCUCUUGAUCUACUAUAUUACUGAAAAAGUCCUCGACUGGAGAGCAAAGGGCUUUGUUGCCUACUUUGCUCUAAAUGAGCCUGGAAAUGCUUGGGGCUUCGCCUUUGGUACUAGUCUUUUAUUCGCUCUCCCGGCUUCGGUCUUGUGUUUGAUCGAGCCUCAAGCAGCUGGAAGUGGAAUGCCAGAGGUGUUGGCUUACUUGAAUGGUGUCUCUAUGAUGAAGUACACAACAUUUAAGACUCUGAUCAUCAAAGCGCUUGGAAUGAUGGGAAUUGUGUCUGCAGGUCUGUUCAGUGGUUUUGAAGGGCCAAUGUCACACGUCGGAAGCAUCAUUGGAAUACUGGUCACAAAGUCAAUACGCAAGAGUGCAAUCCUCUCAAGCUUGUUUUAUGGCCAAAAAGCUUCUGAAUUACGUGGAGAUACAGCCAACAUUCUUCGAGUUGCUGAGAAGCGAAUCAUCCGUAUAUUUGCAUCAACAGGAGCGGCGAUUGGUCUUGCCAGUGCCUUUCAUGCACCACUGGCCGGAACUUUGUUUGUCGUUGAAGAAGCCGCCUCCUUCUUCGAAAUGGAUCUGAUCAUUCGUACUUUGUUUGCCAGCUUGGUCGCAUAUUUUCUUGUUGGGAUGAUAGGCCUUCUUCAAAAAGGCCAAGGUAUACAAAACAUCAAACACAUCUCUCAGGCUGCCUACUCGGUGUUCGCAGUCAAUGUCAGUUGUAGCACUUCGUUGGCCUUUCAAGAUAUAUUAAUGUUGAUCUCGAUGGGCGUUUUCUUUGGUAUUUGUGGCCAUUAUUACAACAAGACUAUCGUAUACAUUCGAGAAAUCCGUGCCAAACGCAUGGUACCGCACCCAUACCUCAGGCUCUUGGAAGUCGUUAUCGUCUGUUUGAUAACGUCUCUAAUUGUCAUUUUCGUGCCAAGAACCGAGUUAUUCGGGUCGUGUACGUCGCCAAUCAAUGCCGUACAACACGUGCAGGAGGCAAUAAACAAUAAAAACUGUCAGGCUACUUGCUCGAAUGACCUCAAUGCCGUUAUAUCCAAUAAUCCUGGGUGUCUGACCAAUGUGUGCUUGCCUGACACCCUCUUUGAGAGCUACUCUGAAGCACUUUUCGGAAUCUUCAACACUGCAGCUUUGACUUGCCCCAACUUGACAGCCGAAGCUCAACUCACGUAUCAAGGCAUCAUGAACAUCUCUACAGUAGCAGCGGCGUUCAAACCUGAAGACGUUGAAUUACUUGCUGGUGAUGAAACUGAUACUUGCUACUGGGAGAUUGCCAGUUUACUCUUUGCUUCACCAGGGACUCUGGCCAUGUUUGCACUACUGUACAUUGCUCUCAGUCUGUUGGUUCAUGGAAUUGCAUUGCCAACUGAUUUGAUUGUGCCGAAUCUGAUAAUUGGUGCUACUGCUGGAAGGUUGCUCGGGAUGUUGACGAAUUGGUUCAAGCUCAGACUUGGCCAAACACUGGUCGAUCCGGGAGCGUACAGUCUACUCGGAAUGGCAGGCUUUUGGAGUGGUACAUCACGUCUUUUAGUCACUGUCAUAUUGAUUGGUCUCGAAUCGACCUUUGAUUUGAACUAUUUGCCUGCGUUGUUGGUUGUCUGCAUCAUUGCCACAAUAGUCGGAAAUUCACUAGGAGGCAGUAUGUAUCACUUGGAAAUCCACUCUCAGAAUCUACCAUUCCUCGCAUACGAACCGCCACAUCAUUUACACACAAUAACAAUCAAUACCCUCAUGUCGCGGCCAAUAAUGACUCUUCCUCCUCUGGCCAGUGUAUUGGAAAUUGCAAAUGUGUUGAAGCACUGCACACAUUGUGGUUUCCCAAUCGUGAAUGAACGGCGAGAAGUGCUUGGACUUGUAUUGAGAAGUCAACUUUCUCGAAAACUGUGGGGUGUGAAUGCGACACCAUCGAAGGAUGAUGACAUGAUUGAUAUCUCACUCAUCAUGAACGAAUCACCCUGCACCAUCGCUGAAGGUGCAACAGCAUCCAAAGCAUACAUAUCAUUCCGCACUCUGGCAUUACGACACAUGCUUGUCAUUGACCAUAGACAUCAACUCGUGGGGAUGAUUACUCGUAAAGACUUUUUGAAUAAAGCUCACGGGUUGGGAGAUCAUCAUUUGCGAGGUACAAUACGUCGACACCACAGCACUGUAGUACAGCCAGAUAGUGAUGCCGAGAGUCCACCAAAUGGACGUGGCACUUUGAUGUAUAGGUCAAGGCCAUCUUCCAUCAUGCGUGAUAAUAAUGUGAUGCCUGUUAUAAGUGAAGUAUCACCUACUACUCCUACUUAUAAUCAUGAGAUGGUGGAUGUACAACGAACUCGCAGUGGGUUUGUCACCGCUACAGUGUUGCCAGAACCGAUGCAUGCAGAGCCAAUUGAUGAGCCAAUUGAUCAUGGUCCACGUCAGGAGGCUGAUUUGUCUGAAUCAAAUCUGCUUGAUAAGAGCACUUAA